AUGGAAUUCAUGGCGCAGGCGAAUAAGAAGUUUGGCGUUCGGUCGCUUUUGGUCCAAGGACUGACGUUUCUCAGCGUGCUGACUUCGGCGUUUAUGAUAUGGAAGGGUCUGUCCUUGUUCACUAACAGCGAAAGCCCUGUUGUGGUAGUGCUUUCGGGUAGCAUGGAGCCAGCGUACUAUCGCGGAGACAUUCUCUUUUUGCACAACGGAUACAGCCCUAUUGAAAUCGGCGAAGUCGUGGUGUACAAGGUGAAAGAAAAGUCCAUUCCCAUUGUGCAUCGGGUGCUGAAGGUGCACAACGAUAACACGUCUGGGAAGCAGUUCCUUUUGACCAAGGGCGACAACAACAAUGAGGCUGACGACCGUGGUAUUUAUAACCCUGGGCAAAAGUGGAUUAGUCGCGAUGACAUUAUUGGCUGCGUAAGGGGAUUCGUACCCUAUGCCGGCAUGGGAACUAUUUGGAUGAACGACUACCCUCAGCUCAAGAUGAUUCUUUUGGCCACGCUCUGUGUACUCUCUUUGUUCACCAACGAGUGA